GGAACGCACCUGCAUAUGGCGGACGCUCAGUUUGUGUUUAUGUCAAUAAGAAACUGAUUUUUAACAUUUGCGCGGGUGUGGAUUUAAUUAAAUAUAAACCGAUAUGUGUUAGUGAAAUUUGUGAAUUGUGUAUAAUUUUCGUGAUAAUGGUUUUUGUUGGUGAACUUUUGGAUGACCUCUUAACUACACUGUACUUUUAAGGACAUUUAGUUGCCGAACAGUUACCAAGGAUGGUAGCUGAAACCACACCCGCGCGGCGCGGCGCCGGUAAGAUGCGAGAGAGCCGCCGCGCGCUCCUACGCACCGCACUGAUGAUCGCCUGCAUCCUGUUCCUCAACUCGCACGUCGACGCCUCCGAUCCCCCUGAGAUCACGAUCCGGCCUCGAAACCUGCAGGUGCGCGCCAACGGGAUAGCAGCCUUCUACUGCGCAGCCCGAGGUGACCCCAUCCCGAAUAUCCAGUGGAGGAAGAACGGGAAACGAGUUUCAAGCAUGCAGUCACGGUACCAAGUGUUCGGCAUGGACAGCGCCGCGGGCCCGCGGGCCAACGGAGCGGUGCUCCGCAUCGAGCCAGUGCGGGCGCAACGCGACGACGCUACGUACGAGUGCGUCGCCGAGAACGGCGUGGGAGACGCCGUCACGGCCGUUGCUACGCUCACCGUGUUCGAAGCCGACAAAACGCCCCCUGGAUUUCCUUCAAUCGUGCCGCCAUCUUCCACCAUGGUGGUCGAGGUUGGCCACACGGCCACCCUGCCCUGCCAGGCCAGCGGGACCCCCACACCCAGGGUGAAGUGGCUGUGGAACUCCUUGCCCCUGGACGUCGCUUCGAACCCGAGAUACGCACUGCUGAAUGAUAAGAUGCAUGGUACACUGCAAAUAGUGAAGAGCGAAGAAGAAGACCAGGGCAAGUUCGAGUGUGUGGCCGAAAACUCAAUCGGCACAGAAUUCUCCAAACCUACCUCAUUGUAUGUAAAAGUUCGACGAGUGGCGCCUCAGUUCUCGAUACCUCCGACGCCGCGCACAGAAGUCCCAUUGGGAGGGAACGUCACUCUCAAAUGCGUCGCGUUCGGCUCGCCAAUGCCUACGGUCAAAUGGAGGAAAGGCUUAACAAAAUGGCUGACGCCCGAAGACAACCCUCCGCUCGGGCUCAAUAACCUCAAGCUGGAAGACAUCAGGGAGUCUGCGAACUACACCUGUGAAGCCGCUAGUGUGCUGGGCGUCAUAGAAGCUAUAGCCGAGGUCAAAGUGCAAUCCCUCCCAGGCCCUCCGUCCGAAGUCCGCGCGUCCGAAAUCACGGCGACCACUGUCCGGCUGGCGUGGACGUACAACGGGCCCGAGGAGCCGCAGUACUACGUCAUACAGUACAAGCCUAAAUAUGCUAACCAGGCCUUCAGCGAGAUAUCAGGAGUGAUCACGCAGUACUACUCGGUGACGAAUCUGUCCCCAUACACGGAGUACGAAAUGUACGUCAUAGCGGUCAACAACAUAGGGCGGGGGCCGCCUUCCGCGCCCGCGGUCAUCACUACAGGCGAAACCGUGGAUUCUCUAUAUGGAGGUGCCAAACCCGGGUCAGCGCCGCGCAACGUGCAAGUCCGUCCACUAAGCUCCAGCACCAUGGUCAUACAAUGGGACGAGCCGGAGACGCCCAAUGGACAGGUUACGGGCUACAAGAUUUACUACACAACAGACCCGUCGCAACCUCUACCGUCGUGGCAGUCGCAAAUGAUGGACAACAGCCACUUGACCACCAUAAGCGAGCUGACUCCCCACACAGUAUACACGAUUAGGGUCCAAGCGUUCACCUCCGUCGGUCCCGGACCCAUAUCUGCGCCGGUACAAGUCAAAACGCAGCAGGGCGUCCCCUCCCAACCCUCAAACCUAGUAGCAGUCGAAGCUGGUGAGACGUCAGUCACUCUCUCCUGGAGGAGACCAGUGCAUGCGGGCGACAACAUAGUAUCCUACGAACUGUACUGGAACGACACGUAUGCAAAGGAGAACCAUAGGAAGCGGAUACCAAUCACGGAGACGUACACGCUAAACGGACUGUAUCCCAACACGUUGUACUACAUCUGGCUCGCGGCCCGUUCACAGCGAGGGGAAGGCGCCACCACCCCGCCUAUAGCGGUGCGGACGAAGCAAUACGUUCCUGGAGCGCCGCCGAUGAAUGUGACGGCCGUGGCGAUUUCCCCGACGGCGAUUCGGGUGUCGUGGCAGCCGCCGCCUGCGGAGCGGGCGAACGGGCGGAUCGCGUAUUACAAGCUGCUUUGCGUGGAGUCUGGAAGAGGGGAUUCUGAGGCGAAUGUGGUGAAACUGAACCAGACGUCGUUUGUGCUGGACGAGCUCCGGCGCUGGACGGAGUACCGCAUUUGGGUGCUCGCGGGCACGAGCGUGGGCGACGGCCCGGCCUCGUACCCCGUCACCAUCCGCACGCACGAAGAUGUGCCUGGCGAGCCCCAAGAUGUGAAGGUCAACCCCAUCAACUCCACGUCCAUCCAUGUGACGUGGAAACCCCCUCAGGAGAAAGAAAAGAACGGCAUCAUUAGAGGAUACCAUGUACACGUGCAAGAAGUGAGGGAAGAGGGCAAGGGCCUCCUAAACGACCCGAUGCGAUUCAACGUAAUGGACGACACGACGCUCGAGCUCAACGUAUCAGGCCUCCAGCCCGAUACUCGAUACAACGUGCAGGUGGCCGCGCUCACGAGAAAGGGGGAUGGGGACCGAAGUGCGCCGGUGUCCGUGAAGACGCCUGGCGGGGUGCCAAACAGGCCCACCGUGACCCUCAAGGUUUUGGAGCGCGACCCGAUUGUAUCUAUCGAAUUGGAAUGGGCUAGGCCGACGCAAACCUACGGAGACUUGCUUGGAUACAGACUUAGAUACGGAAUAAAAGAUCAACCGUUAGCGGAAGAAAACUUCGCAAUCAAAGUCAGUUCGCAUAGGAUAAACGAUUUAGAAAGAGGUGUACAGUACGAGUUCAGAAUCGCCGGCAGAAAUCACAUUGGUAUCGGUCAGGAAACCAUCAAGUACUGGCUCACGCCCGAGGGAGCGCCGAAAGGUCCUCCAUCUAACGUCACUUACCACUUUCAAACUCCUGACGUCAUCAGUAUCACGUGGGAACCGCCAAUCAGAGCAGAUAGAAGUGGUCAAAUCAAGAAAUAUGACGUUCAGUUCUUCAAGAGAGGUGAUCAAUCGUCUCUUGUAGAAAAGACUACGGAAGGUACUAAAGUUGUGUUCACUGGGUUAGAAGAAGAUGCUCAUUAUGCAUUUAAAGUGAGAGCCUAUACUGAUCAAGGAGCUGGGCCUUACAGUAAAGAUAUGACGGCUCAUACUGAACGGGACAUCGGUAGAGCGCCUAUGUCAGUUAAAGCCGUCGCGACGUCGGAAUCAGGAGUCGAGGUUUGGUGGGAGACGUUCCGUACCAGAAAGAAGAUUAUCGGCUAUGUCAUAUUUUACACAAUGACACCGGUAGAAGAUCUUGACGAAUGGCAACAGAAAACUGUUCACGUAACGCACUCAGCUGAUCUAGAGAACUUGGAAAAGUUUGCUGAGUAUGCUAUUGCUGUGGCUGCCAAAACGGCUGAUGGACUUGGAAGGCUAUCUGAAAAGGUUACAGUUAAAGUGAAACCCGAAGAAGUGCCUUUACAUUUGAGGGCUCAAGAUGUGUCCACUCAUUCUAUGACGCUCUCAUGGUCUCCUCCACUACGCUUAAACCCCGUUAGCUAUAAGAUUUCGUAUAACGCCAUCAAAGAAUUCGUUGACUCACUUGGUAUGACUCAAACGCAAGAAAUCCCAAGGAAGGAAAUCAUUGUGAAGCAUGAUAGAACAUCGUUUUCAAUCAAUGAUCUCUCUCCAUUCACGACAUACAACGUCAACGUUAGUGCCAUACCUAAUGACGAUUCGUACAGGCCGCCAACUAAAAUCACUGUGACAACACAGAUGGCAGCUCCCAAACCGAUGGUAAAACCAGACUUUUACGGUGUGGUCGAAAAUGAAAUACUCGUAAUUCUACCUCAAGCCUCCGAAGAAUAUGGGCCUAUAUCACAUUAUUAUCUAGUUGUAGUUCCAGACGAUAAGGCUUACAAUCACAUGAUGCCGGAUCAGUUCCUAACCGACGAUUUAAUUAAAAAUAAUGUUAGAACAGACGAUGAAAACGCUCCGUAUAUUGCUGCCAAAUUCUUACAAAGAAACAUUUUAUACACUUUCCACCUCGGUAACGAUGAAACGUAUGAAGGUUUCCUCAAUAGAAAAUUAAACCUAAGUAAGAGAUAUCGUGUAUUCGUGCGUGCUGUGGUAGACACCCCUCAGAAACACCUCUACACGUCAAGUCCAUUUUCGGAAUACUUAUCACUAGAUAUGCGAGAAGCUCCACCCGGCGAGGAACCAAGCAGACCUGAUCCAAAUCUAUCGAAUCUAGAUCCAGAAAUCACCAUCAAACAAAACAAGAAGGAAGCUGGUAUGGUUUGGGUAAUUGGGCCUAUCAUCGCCGCGCUGAUGCUAUCUCUCUGUCUAGUACUCGUUUUCAUAAUGAGAAGAAAGAGACAGCCUUGCAAAACUCCCGACCAGGCUGCCGUAACUCGACCUCUCAUGUCAGCUGAUGUUGGCUUUGGAGCACCAUCAGACCCUGUUGAAAUGAGGAGACUUAAUUUCCAAACUCCAGCCAUGAUUUCUCAUCCCCCUAUUUCCAUAUCGGAACUUGGAGAACAUAUCGAGAGAUUAAAAGCCAACGAUAAUCACAAAUUCUCUCAAGAGUAUGAAAGUAUCGAACCUGGACAACAGUUCACGUGGGAUCAUUCGAAUAUGGAAGUCAACAAACCCAAGAAUCGAUACGCUAAUGUCAUCGCCUACGACCACAGUCGUGUUAUUCUCCAGCCUAUCGAUGGAAUUCUUGGAAGUGACUACAUCAAUGCUAACUAUUGUGAUGGCUAUCGUAAACAUAAUGCGUAUGUCGCAACUCAGGGUCCUCUUCAGGAAACGUUCGCUGAUUUCUGGCGUAUGUGUUGGGAACUGCGAACAAACACAAUCGUCAUGAUGACCAAAUUGGAAGAAAGGACCAGAAUCAAAUGUGAUCAAUACUGGCCAAGCCGGGGUAGCGAGACCUACGGCAUGAUGACGGUAACCAUCGCAGAAGUUCAGGAACUAGCCACUUACUGUAUAAGGACGUUCCAAAUUUCGAAGACGGGUACUGCAGAACGUCGGGAGAUCAAACAGCUGCAGUUCACCGCUUGGCCUGAUCAUGGAGUUCCCGAUCACCCUGCGCCAUUCUUACAGUUCUUGCGACGCGUUCGAGCUUUGAACCCACCUGAUGCUGGACCGUUAGUCGUCCACUGCUCUGCUGGUGUCGGCCGCACUGGAUGCUUUAUCGUCAUCGAUUCGAUGCUCGAAAGAGCUCGACACGAACGCACUGUCGACAUUUACGGCCACGUGACUUGUUUGCGAGCCCAACGCAACUACAUGGUCCAAACCGAAGACCAAUACAUCUUCAUCCACGACGCGUUACUCGAAGCUGUGGUCUGCGGGGAUACUGAAGUCCCAGCACGCAACCUCCAAUCGCACAUUCAGAAGUUAAUGCGUGUGGACCCUAUGGAGAACAUCACUGGAAUGGAAUUGGAGUUCAAGAAGCUCGCCAACAUGAAAGCAGACUCUAGCCGAUUCGUGUCCGCCAGUUUGCCUUGCAACAAGCACAAAAACCGCCUCGUGCACAUCUUGCCAUUCGAAUCGAGUCGCGUUUGUCUGACGCCUCGCGACGGUUCUGACUACAUCAACGCAUCUUUUGUGGAUGGUUAUAGAUACAGGGCGGCGUACAUCGCCACUCAGGGUCCAUUGCCCGACACAACUGAUGAUUUCUGGCGGAUGCUAUGGGAACACAAUUCCACCAUUAUUGUGAUGUUGACUAAGUUGAAGGAAAUGGGAAGGGAGAAAUGCCACCAGUACUGGCCAUCGGACCGUUCUGUGCGCUACCAAUGCUUUGUGGUUGACCCCAUCGCUGAAUACAACAUGCCCCAGUACAUCUUGAGGGAAUUCAAGGUAACAGAUGCGCGCGAUGGGGCGUCCAGAACGGUCCGCCAGUUCCAAUUCACGGACUGGCCGGAGCAAGGUGUGCCCAAGAACAGCGAGGGCUUCAUCGACUUCCUGGGACAGGUCCACAAGACCAAGGAGCAGUUUGGACAGGACGGACCCAUUACAGUGCAUUGCAGCGCGGGCGUGGGCCGUACUGGAGUAUUCAUCACACUAUCGACGGUUCUGGAGCGCAUGCAGUACGAGGGAGUAGUUGACGUGUUCCAGACAGUGCGCACUCUUCGCACGCAGCGCCCGGCCAUGGUACAGACAGAGGAUCAGUACGAGUUUUGCUACCGAGCCGCCCUGGAGUACCUGGGCUCGUUCGACCACUACGCCAACUGACGCUGAGACCGGCUCGUGUAAGCGCCACGCCACUCCUGCGAUCGACAGCGCGGCUCUUUAGGUAUGCUGUGGUGGUGUGACUGGAGUUUUUUGAGGUAUUUAAAAGCAAUAAAUUAUAAUAAUCUGUUCCUAAAAGCUUAAAACAAAUGACAAAAAUGUUAAAUACUUAAGAUUACAUUGAUUUAAAAAAACAAAUUCAAACAAGAAAGUGAAGCUUAAAAAUAAAAGAAGAUCGGUCAAGUUGGUCGGAAAAAUAUAUUUUCAUUUAUUAAAAAAAAACUCUUCAAGACCCGCGAAUCGAGGCACAAUAGAUAAUAUAAUCAAUUGUUACGAUUAAUGGGUUUAAAACAAAAAACAGGAGGGUAUUUCACAUAUUUUGAAAACUCUUGGUCACAAAACCAUAGCACCAUUUUUAGGUUGGAUAUGAGUCCAGUAUUAUUAUUGUGUUAAAAUUAAGCAUCAUUGACGCCAUCUCGAAUAGAAAAACUAGUUUUAAGUUUAUUUUUGUAUACCAUGUCAUACGAUGCAGAAGGAAUGAGGCUAUUAUGAAAAUAUUUGUAAAAAAGAGCUGUGCUGCCGGUUGGUAUUCGUAGAUCGUGUACGUAAGACCAAACAUUGAAAUUCUAAUGUUCAUAGUAUAGUACACCGCUAUCACAGUAACUCAAGAUCAGUCCCUUUUAUGGUACUUAGAAAUGUUAUAUCUACGUCACCUUUAGGGUGAUUCUACAAGGGAAUCGUUUUGAGUUACUGAUCCCCAAUGUUGAUGUCCCGCGCUUGACCGUAGUGUGUUGACUGACGUACUCUGUUCUUCAUAUCGUAUACCUACAAGGCUAAACAUGUAUGAGUGCCUAGGAACGCUACUUAUGAUGUAAAUUUACGAAUGUGACCACUAAUAAAAUCAUGAUUGUGAGUCGGAAGGGUAAUAACUUUAAUUAAUUAUUAUCCUAUACUUAUGAUAGACCUUACGCUGUUCGUGCUAUUUUUGUCUCUAAAUUGGAACAGUUAAGUCCAUAAACAGUUAAAGUAUACUUAGAUGCAUUUAAAAUAUUACGACAGAGUUUCGAACUAUAUGAUAUCAGUGUAAUGUUACGCAUUGAUAGUAUAAUUUGCUAAUAAAAAGUAAUAUUAUAGGAUGAAACAGUGCGCUUAGAGACUUAAAUAAAUACGCGGUAUAUUAACCAAUUCUGGUCGUCACGUAUAUACAGACAUAUUAUAAAAUGUAUAAAUAGUUAUUGCAGCUGUAAUUAGAAGUUUAUUUUUCAUAUCGGGUGUUAAAAAUAUGUUAAGUAGUGUAAAUUGUGGUAACUCGUUUCAUUAUUGCAAUAUUAUUAAUAACUAUUAGACGAAUCGGCUGUGUCAUGUGAAAUUCUGUGUCAGUCCUGUGCGUAGUAUAUAACGUUAUGUAAAUAGCAAUACAAGCCACGCAGUUUUUUUACCUUAACGUUACUUGCUAUUGUUUCGCUUGCCCAAUGCGUGGCAUUUUUUGAUGCCACAAACAUUAUUAGUACCCCUGAAUCGGGGUUACCUUGUUAGUUUCACGUUAGAGUUACUGUUGUUUUCUAGAACACUGCUUGCUUUAGGAUGAUCGUGAUUUGAUGACAUAUCUAUUUUUAGGUAGAAAAAAUAUUUACGGUCGGUGUGGUUAUUACGAAGGGAGACGAGGUAGGUACGAGUUAGCGGUCAUCUAAAUAAUACGGCGAUUAAAAAUGAUUGAGAAUCACCCAAUGGAUUUCAAAUGCGGUAUAUGAACUUAAUGCCUGAUUUCUUAUUUUCGCUUUUAAUUGGCAUUCUUACUGUUUAUUUUCAUUAAUAAGGGCACUCUUGAAACAUGGAAGUGACUAUCGCGACUACUUAUAUCAUAUUAAGCUAUCUUUAAGUGUAGUACGUUAUUUAAUCUUUUACAGUAAUCCCCUUGCCUAGUACGUAUAAGGUUUUUAGGUUUUUCACUCGUUUUAUACAAUAUACCUACUACUUGUAUCGAUCUACCUACGUAUAAGUUAAAUUUGAGCUUGUAUGUAAUUUAGGUAAUAAACAACAACGCGGUCUCCGAAAGUACAUAUUAUGUAGAGACGCGCGACAAUUUAUAAAAUAACACAUAAUUUCUUUAAAUUGAACUUUAAGGACGUCUUGAUACGGUCGUAAGUCGAGUCGGGUCUACCGUUCAUAACUGCCAAUUGUUUCACUUAGAUCUAUUGAAGUAAAGUAAAAUAUAAAUAACAAUACAAUACGUCACGUAUGUAGAAUAAUGAGGAUAAUUGUUAAAUUGAGGUUAUAGUGAAAAUUUAAUACUCGUUGAUGAAUCAUGUAUUUAGCGAGGUAAUGAAGCAUUUACAAAAUUAGAUGGAAUGGGGAACUGCUUCUGUUUAAUUUAGUUCAAAAGUAUGUGUGCUUAAUUUGUUGGAGCUUUAUUUUGAAACCAUUCCUUGUUGCUUUUACAACUACGUACGUUUAACAAUUACGUUAAUUAAUACUAGUUCCUUUUUCUUCCAUUUUGCCGCCACAAAGUAAGCUCUACUAUAUCCGUACGCACACCAUCGAUCUCUUGUACAUUUCUCAUGCAUAUAGGCUAAGGUGUUGAUUUUAUUCAGCUUGUUUCCAUUUGUAUAUUCCGCUGUAACAUGUUAUUACUUUGAUUGCUUGUUCAUUAUAGAGCUAUUAAGCCAUGCCAUUUGACAAAGGUGCUGUAUAUUCCGAAAUAGUACAAAACUUUCUUUAUAAAUCCAGUCAUGACAUCAUUUGUGUACGUUUUGUUAUUAACAAUGUCAUUCAAUCGUUACGUUUUUACACGUAAAAGACUGAUUUACUAAUUUCUGUGUAUUCGUUUUAUUUUAAUGGUUUUAAUUCUUAUUGAUAAUCCUGAAUUGUAAUUAUACUAAUUUGCGUAUGUAAUUCGUAGCCUGUAUUUAGGUAUGUAUUGUAAUUGCUUUAGAAUUUUGAAUUGUGAGGUUUAUUCUCGUUUCGCGUUUUUUAUUUGGGAAUAUUAUGAUAGUGUCCCAAACAGAAUUAGUGAAAUGAUAGUAAACUGUAUGGAUUUGUUGCAUUUACCAAGUACAAAGUUGGAAUUCGAUGUGUCUAUAUCCAUUCGCUUGAAAAUCGCCAUUCCGCGUUUGCGUCGCAAAAGGCUAAAACACCGAUGGGUUUGUUUUAUAAAAACGUUUUUUAUCUUUUUCACGACAACAUAAACUACAGUCUGCACAAAUAAAAAAUAACCGAAGUGUUCAAUUCGAUAGGAAUUAUCGAAGUAAAUAUAGAUUGUAUAGGUACAUUAAUCCAUUAAUUUACCAGGUUAAGCGAGUUAUUAAAGUAACAUGAAUACCUACAUUAGUAAAGUUUAUUUUCCCUGAUGAUACAUUUCAUUAGCGUGCACUUUCUAUUAUUGCAGACUGUAGUUUACCAUUCAUGCAAAUACACGACGAUAUACUUAGUUAAUAAAUGGAAAUUUAAAUUGUAAAUUAUCAAAGAUUAAAACAGAUGUUAAUAAAAUUAAAGAAAUGCGUUAAAAACCAAUUAGCUUUAACCAAUUAAUUAGGCUUAAAUUAACUAACUCACGGUGUGACAUUAGCCUAAGUGGGCGUCGUGUACCCACGCCCUAGCUAAAACGUAAUUAUUUUAGUGCAAUUAUUAAGAUGGCGGACGCUGACUUAAAAUGGCGUCGCAAUAUGGCCGGCGGAAGUGUGAAUGUAACCGUAGGAGUUCGUAGACGAUUAUUUUUUAAAAUCCCGCGAUGCGUCUCGGGACACAGUGGAUUCGCAAAUUAUACAUAUGUAUAUGAAGAAAUAAAUUUAUGUGAGACCAUAAA